ACAAGUUUGCAACAUUUAAUACAUUUUAAACUUUUUAAUGGAAAUUUUUAGCUUGUCGCGGCUUUGCAUCCAAUCUGUCGCCGAUAAUAUGGCAAUAUGGUGUCAAAGUGCCUUGGAAGAUGACUUUUACAAGUAUUUGUAUGCCAUAGGACCUUUUAAUGAUUUAAAUUCAACCCUAAUUCAAGAACUUCUCAAUAUAUUGUAUGACAAGCAGUUGUUAAAGGCCUCGUACUUUCCUCUGCUUUUGCAUGAGAACUUCACAAAGUUGGAUCUCAGCAGAUGUCAAUCAAUGGUCACCGACCAGGUUUUAAAGCUGGUCGGUCGUCGCUGUAAGAGGCUGACACACUUAAACAUGAACGGUUGUUCACGGUUGUCCACAUCCUGUCUGAACGAAACCUUACCAUUGCUAAAAUCCUUGAAAAGCUUGCAACUGUCUAACUGCCGAGGAUGCACGGACCAAUUGUUGCAUAACCUUGCAAAACACUGUCACAACAUACAAGAAUUGGUCAUCAACUCGUGUCCAAAGGUCACAGAUGUCGGAAUCGAAGGUCUAUUAACGAAGGAAAAUCCGAAGGAACUCGGUUCUUCCGAUAUCGUUCAUUUAAACGUGUCUGCAACUUCUGUCACGAGGAAAAGUUUGUCCACGAUUCUCGUGCGGCUUCCGAGACUAAAGAAACUUUGCUUUGCCGAUAUUUCGGGAGGAAAUCAUCCAGGAUUAGCUGGUCUGAACCUGUCUAUCUUGGACGUCGAACAUCUCGACGUUUCUUCCACGCACUUUGAAGAUUCUGAUCUGAAAGUACUUUUUGAACUUUGUCCGAAGAUGACAUCGCUACGGUUGAACUUCACGUGCCAUUUGAGCAAGUUGCUUUUGGACUAUUUGACUGACUUGACGCAUUUAAGGUCGCUCGACCUCAGUGGCGGUACAUCUGAUGACGAUGAAUUUCUCUUCAAAGAUGUUGAGAAGCUUCUCAUUAAACGCGGAAAUCAACUAGAAUAUUUAAACCUAUCAGGAAUGGCCAAUGUUCGUCUGUCUGUCUUAUGUAAACACUGUAGGUCGCUUAAAGAGUUAAUCUUAGCACAUUGUGAAAAUAUUGACCCGAUCCUUUCGGAGUUGAACUGCUUAACCGAGGAUCCGAAUGAUGCUCAAUCGUUUGUUGGCCGAUUCAGUUCUUUCUGUUCUCAACUCUCCUGUAUCGAUCUCAAUUUUACGACCUUUCGUGAUAACGGUCAACCCGAAUUGAGUCCACUGUGGAUUUCUGGCAUUUUAGACGGUCAUUCCAACCUGCAGCGACUUUUCUUAAAAGACUUACAGACAGUCAAUGACGAAGUUAUAGCACAACACAUUUGUGGAAGUUCAUCGCGUCAUGUUCUGAGAACUCUAAACCUGAGUAGUUGUAAUGCAAUAACGGUCAAGUCGGUUCGCGACAUCGUCGAGAAAUGUCGCAAAUUACAGUUGCUAGAUAUAUCUCACUGCAAGCAGAUUGAUAUAAGCUCCGUUUCAAAGAUCAGGAUGUGUCUCAAGGAAACUCAUAGGGCCCUUCAAGUCGUUUGGGUUUAACAGCCGUUUAGAAAUUGAGAAUUUUUAGGCUUUUGAGGCUUAUUUCGAGGAUCUUCACGUGAUCCAGAUUACCUGAGAUUUAGGCAUAUGAAUGAGUAUAUACCAUGAUUCUGGCAGGAAUUUGUUGUUAUUUUAGUCAUGGUUGUUGUGCGUUUUGCAUGACCAACUACAUGUAUAACGGCUGUAUAACUGCCUGAAAUCUUCUAAAUCAUGUUCAUGUUAGUUGAUUAUUGAUAAAUAUAUUUUAAUUUUCAAACUCUA